AUGCCUCCUCGUCGGAAAUCAACAGAUCAGCACGAUCUAGUCGAACGCCCCUCUCGAAAGCGGCCACUCCCUGCCGACCCCUACGAAAUUCCAGAUGAGGAUGAUGCGAUUCCCUCCGCGAAGCGUCAACGGCGACAAUCAGAAGAUGGAGGAACACCUUCAAAGCGAAACGCUACCCCGGGGAAACAGGUCGAUUUCCUCCAGCGCGACCUAGCCUCUGUGCCAGAAGAACCCGAGUCACCUACCGAGCAGACACCCAGCAAGAAAAGGAUAGGGCGACCACCGAAGGCCAAAACGGGAGGAACACCAAGUGGCAAGCCGACCAUACCAUCUGCCCUGCGCAAGAAACAAGUCGACCAGACACCGAUCAAGCUCAAAGGAAUCAGUGGCGUCGACACACCCGGCAGGCGAGGAAUUGCCGACCGAUCAGCUAGACGGAAGAGUGCCAGGGCUCUCAUCGACCGUGUGCUGGAGGGCGCCGUAAGCGAUGACGAGGACGAAGAGCAACAAAUCGCACGAGAGAUCUACGAGUCAAGCGAGGAAGAAGAGGAAGGAGAUACCCAACACGAAAACCUCGCCGACCAAGAGGCCGAGUUAGCAGCAACCACUCCAUCCAAGACAGGGAGGGGGAGAGGACGAGGAGGCAGAACUCCCGGUUCAGCACGACGAAAGAAAUCGCCCACACCACCCCGAGACCUCCCUCCCCAUGAACAAUACUUUUACCAGAACAAGCCGGGAUCCAACAAAACCUCCAACAACACGCUCUCCUCGCUCGACCUCCUCACCCACGAAGAAUACUUCUCGCUCCUCCGCAACCUGGGUCAGGACCCCCACAAAAAACAUAUCGAAGCCCUCCAGUCGCAACACGCCGCCUCCUUCCCCCAAUGGGCCUUUGAGCUCUCCCAAGGCUUCAGCGUCUGCCUCUACGGCUACGGCUCCAAGCGUCGAAUUUUGCACCAAUUCGCUGAAUACCUCUUCUCCUCCGGCGGCAAUGACACAAACAACACAAUCAUCAUGAUUAACGGGCACACCCGCACCCUCACCUUCCGCGAGAUCCUCACCACCAUCUCGGCCGCCAUCGACCCCACCUUCCGCCUGCCCUCCGGAAACCCGCUCGCCAUGAUCCAGAACCUCUUCACCCUCCUCUCCUCCUUUUCGUCGUCCUCCCCGCAAAAGCCAAGAAUAACCCUCCUCCUAGCCUCCCUUGACUCCCCCUUCUCCCCCCUCCGCAAACCCCAAACUCAAUCCCUCCUCGCCCACCUCUCCUCACACCCAUCCAUCUCUCUCGCUUGCACCGUCGACACGCCCGACUUCCCUCUGCUCUGGGACUCCAGCUUACGCUCCUCGUUCAACUUUGCAUUUCACGACUGCACCACUUUUGCAGACCACAGCAAGGAGUUGGACGUAGUAGACGAAGUACACGAGUUACUGGGUAGGAUGGGCAAGAGAGCGGGUGGCAAGGAAGGAGUGGCGUUUGUGUUGCGGAGUUUACCCGAGAACGCGAGGAAGUUGUUUGGGCUGAUUGUGGGGGAGGUUUUGGUGGCUUUUGAGGACGGUGGUGGUGGUGGUGGUGGUACAUCAGGGGCAGGGGAGUUUGCAGCGGGAGGAGAAGGGCCGGGGGUAGAGUAUAGGAUGCUUUACAACAAGGCUGUGGAGGAGUUUAUUUGCAGUUCGGAGAUGGCGUUUAGGACGCUGCUAAAGGAAUUCCACGAUCAUCAAAUCAUUACGAGUCACAAGGACUCGAUAGGGACGGAAUAUUUGAGCUUACCUUUUAGGAAAGAGGAGCUGGAGUCCAUCCUGGAGGAGUUGAUGUCGUAGUGAUGAUUGACG